CUUUGCAGGCACAGUCCCAGAAGUAUGUAUAAUAAGAGCCUCGGCCACUACUCCGUCACAAGCCUUGUAGGUUGCUUCACUCUUGUGCCGUCCCCUGUACUGCAGUCAUACUCCAAGCAGCGUUGGUGUGCAGAUUGCAAGCAUCGUAACGCCUUUCGAAGCAUCAUCGCCGUGUCCGUGUAGCUGUUGCUGUUUUUGUUGGCGCCGCUGGAAUCGUCUUCACCAUGAAGAUCGCAUUCGGCGAAGCAGACGAGGCGUCGAGCCCCGACGCGAUCAAGGGCGCCGUGGCGGAGUUCAUCUCGCUGUUCCUGUUCGUCUUCAUCGGCGUUGGAUCGGUUAUGGCCUACGAGAAGAUCCAUGUGGGUGACUUGGAUGCUGCAGGUCUGCUCAUGAUCGCCAUCGCCCACGGCUUGGCCAUCGCAGUUCUGGUGGCUGCCACGGCGAAUAUCAGCGGCGGGCAUGUGAAUCCGGCUGUGUCGCUCGGCCUCGCGCUCGCAGGAAAGAUCACCAUCAUCCGGCUCGUGCUCUACUGGGUUGCCCAGCUUUUGGGCGCUGUCGCAGGUGCCUGGGUUUUGAAAGCCGUAACCACGGGUGAGGACGUCGCACGCCAUGCAAUCGGUGCAAACAUGACCGGCUUCUCCGCCAUGUUGAUGGAGAUUGUGCUCACCUUCACCCUCAUGUUCGUCGUAUUCGCCACCGCCGUGGAUCCCAACAAGGGCACGGUCGGGGUGAUCGCGCCGCUCGCCAUCGGCUUCACAGUCCUGGCCCAGAUCUUCGUGGGCGCCCCUUUCUCCGGCGCGUCGAUGAAUCCCGGGAGAUCCUUCGGCCCUGCCGUGGUAGCCUGGGACUUCAAAAAUCACUGGGUAUACUGGGUCGGCCCUCUCGUCGGCGCUGCGCUCGCCGCGCUCAUCUACGACGGUGUCUUCAUUUCCCCCGCCCCCCCGGCCGGCCACCAGCCCGUCCCUACCGAGUUCUAGAGUGCUCAUCACCAAAACGUUUAACAGUCUAAUAUCCAUUCUCCACUCUCCUUGCGGAAAACUUACCCAGAAAACUCUAGUGUACACUCGGAGAUCGCAUUGUAAGUAUGAAGGUUUCGUGGCAGAGGUGAAUGUUCAAGUGCACAGCAAGUUUCUCUCAUAUAUCCGUGUUUCAUUAUACAUGUUCAUCAUCAUCAAGUGUAAUUACACACGUUUUUCUUGUA